AUCCCUUUUCCCAAACAUCAAUCUCCUCUCCACUCCACCACCGCUUCUCCUUCUCCCCCUCCCGCCGGAGACCUGCCCGCCACCACGGCUCGUGCCGCCAGAGAUAAGAUGGGGACGAGGAGCGGCUCUCUCUAUACCUGCGGAGGAACCGGCGAGCCGGCGGCUCCGGUGGCCGGGCAGAAGAGGAAGAGGUCUCCCGCCGCCGCCGGCGAGGCAUCCGGCGUGCGCCGGAAGAGGCAGGCUACCGGGCCGGACUACUUGGACGGCAUCCCUGACGACCUCGUGCUGUCCAUCUUCUCCAAACUCGCCGCAUCUGCGAACUCCCCCUCCGACCUGCUGUCCGUCCACCUAACGUGCAAGAGGCUCAACGGCCUGGGGCAGCAGGACAUGGUGUUCGCCAAGGCCUCGCCGGCGUCGCUCGCCGUCAAGGCGGCGGCCUGGUCCGAGCUCGUGCAGCGGUUUCUCAAGCGCUGCGCCGACGCCGGCAAUCUUGAGGCUUGCUACAUUCUCGGCAUGAUCCGGUUCUACUGCCUUGGCAGCCGCAGCGGCGGCGCGGCUCUGCUCGCGAAGGCGGCCGUCGGCGGGCACCCGGCGGCGCUGUACUCGCUGGCCGUCAUCCAGUUCAACGGGAGCGGGGGCGCCAAGUCGGACCGCGACCUGCGCGCCGGGGCGGCGCUCUGCGCGCGCUCCGCCGCGCUGGGCCACGUCGACGCGCUCCGGGAGCUCGGGCACUGCCUCCAGGACGGCUACGGCGUGCGCCGCGACCCGGCCGAGGGCCGCCGCCUCCUCGUCGCCGCCAACGCCCGCGAGCUCUCCCUCGCGCUCGCCGCCGCGGCGGCAAGCGCAACCUACCCCUUCGCCUCCCUCCCCAUCGGCGCCGUUGCAGGCGGCGCCGGCGGCGUCACCAGCAGCCCCCUCCUCUCCGACUUCGGGUGGAGCCUGCCGGAGGCAGAGCCGCACACGGCGAACCAGUUCAUGUCAGACUGGUGGGCGUCGCGCGGCGUGCAGGCGUGCGCCAAGAAGACCGACGCGGCGGCCACCGGCGGAGACGGCGAGGGCGAGCUGCGGCUGUGCUCCCACAUGCGGUGCGGGCGCAAGGAGACGCGGCGGCACGAGUUCCGGCGCUGCUCCGUGUGCGGCGCGGCCAACUACUGCUCCCGCGCGUGCCAGGCCCUGGACUGGAAGCGCGCCCACAAGGCCCAGUGCGUGCCCAUGGACCGCUGGCUCGUGGGCGGCGCCGCCGCCGCGCCGCAGCAGUGACCCGCCCCAACGGGCAACCACCGCUGCAACUAGCAGCACCGGAGAGUCCACCGCCCGACCGGUGGACCGGGCGUAGCGGAGCGAACGAACGAUGAUGAAUGAGGAAGCGUUUUUCUGGCGUUUUGCUUUCUUUUUUGCGGCCGUUUGGGUGUCGUCUUGUCAGAUGUACGUACUCUACUCUACUCGGGAAGAAGAGCAGACGAGAGAUUCUACCGCGGCCACCCACCAGAACUCUAGCCUUUGUUUUCCUAAUCUUUCUCUCUCUUUUCCGUACUCAAUUAGUUAGCCCCUCUUAAAUCAAUCAAAUUACUCCCCUGGUAAGAUGGUAAAAAAAACCUGGAUCCCGCUUCGAACUCAUUUUCUAGAGCUCGAGCGCGGAAGCUGCUUC